ACGGCGCGACCUAGCCCGCCUCACCCGGAAGCGGAAGCGGGCUGAACCCGGAAGAAGCCGGGCGGCGGAGGGAAGCUGGCCCCGAGCCGAAGGGGAGGAUGCCGGCCGUGCCGGGGAAGAGCCGCUGGGCGGGGGCCUGGCCGUGCGUCCCCACCGCCGCCUUCCUCACCGCGCUGCUGUCCCUGCUGGCGUCCGGGCCCGGCCUGCUGCCCAGGGCUGGGACCGCCGAGCCGCCUCCCCCCUCCGCUGGCUCGCUGCGGGCCGGGCCGGUGCGCGCCGGGGAAGUUCACAGACUGGUGACCUAUAUCUUUGUCUAUGAAGAUCUGAUAUCCCUGGUAUGCAGUGGUGUUAUCAUCUGGUACUUUGCUGGCAGCUUUGAGAAGAACGUAGGCACAGUGAAGCAAUGCUUCGUCACCUUUGCCUUCGCCAUUUCUUCGGCCCUGUUGUAUCUCUUAUUUGAGGCUGUCGUCUCUGGGGUGUCAGAGGUGGAAGAUGCCAAAGGAUUUACACCAGUUGCUUUUGCCAUGUUGGCAGUGUCCACCACGCGUUCCCGGAUGCGAAGGGCACCGCUCUUUGGGGUUAACGUUCCCAUGGUGCUGGUGCCCUGGUUAAUGCUCUGCGUGGCCUGGUUUAUUCCCCACUCCUCUCUCCUGAGUAACGUAUGUGGCCUCAUAGUUGGGAAAGCCUAUGGUCUUGGCUAUUGCUUCUGUUUGGAUCUCCCGGAGUCGGUGGUAUCUAAGCUGGAUCAGAAGCUCCCUUUCAGCCUGCUGAAGAGAAUACCAGGGCUGAAGUAUAUUCCAGGGUCUUUAGCAGAGAGACGAGCCUCCCAGAGUAGGAAGAUUAAUCCAGUGCCAGGUUCAUACCCCACCCAGAGCUCUUCACCUCCAGCCCUUCCUGUGGUUCAGCUGCAGCACCCCAGUGCCCAGAGCCUGGGAUCCUGGCACAACUGCACACCAGCGCACAUCCAUAGUUUCCCCCCAUACCAAACCAGCCCUGCCUUUGGGAAAUUCUAUGUGCAGAGCCACUUCGGUGCCUCACCUGGACACUGCUGCCAACCAGCUGAUCCCCACUCCCCCCAAGGUGCAUGUCUGCCUGAUUCUCGGAUACCCAUGGGGAUGGAGAACUUGGAGGCCAAGUUUCCGUACACAUCAGGUUCCCCUGCAGAGAAAGCGCCAGCUGAGCUUUCAGGAGUCCAAAUACACUGAUCAUCCAAAGAGGAGCCAGGGCCCUUCUCUCGCCGGCCAUUGUGUGAACAGCUUGCAGUGGAGUGCUGCUUAGAAAGGAGACUGCUUUAGAAGGAUUCUUCUGAUUUUAACUGAUGGUGCCUGGGAUGACUGGUGUCAAAUUGGACAGUCAACCAAAGCCCCUGAGUUUUCUGUCCCACUGCAGACUGCUUAUAGACCUUUUUUCCAGGGUUCCGGUUCUUUCUUUUAUUUAUUUUCCUUUUUAAUUUUGAUACAUUUUUUAUCUUGGCUGAAGGCUGUGACCAUUACCUACCUGUCCCUCAUUCUCAUGUGGCAUCCUCACUACACAUUGUGGCUAUAGCCUCAUCGUUCUCCACUACAGCUAGGGUCCUGGUUACAACAUACUUGUCCCUUGACUCAAUUAUGCUGUAGUGUAGAUGGGCACUAAUGGUCAAAACACUGGACUAGUUGGGUUUUAACCUGACUCCAGGGACUGAGGUAGGACCCUGACUCAUUUACAGUUGCAGUAUAGCCAGGACCCAUAUGCUGGGUGUCCGGUCACCUGCCUGCUGUAUAACUGACAUGGGUUUAAUUUAACAGCAGUGUUUAAAUGGAGAUGGGGAAGAGAGAGAUCUGGUUUUAUAGUUAUGCCUUGGAAAAGGUUGAUGCUGGCAUUGUUGCAGGCGGUGUGUCUGAACGGGUUUGUGUUUCCAUGUGCAUCCAUGGGGAAGUUCUGUGCGCUGUGUUACAUAGGAGGACAGAUAAGAUGAUCACAAUGGUCCUUUCUGGCCUUGGAAUCUGAGCUAAGAUUGGGGGGACGGUGGCGUGAACUAUAUGGUGGCGUUUUUUGCCACGCAGAAUAGCUGCUGUUCCAUCUGCUAGAGUCUCUAAUUAGCAUCAGCCAUGCGGGCUGCCUUCCCCAAUCAUGUUGCUGUCACGUAGUCUCCACGGCAGGCACCUACAGUAAUUCUGCAUGCUGCCCACAAUGCCAGCUUUGAGUCAUGAGGCUGUCCUGGCUAUUUGCAAAAGGGGUGGGUGAAUCUUAUUUAAGGGAUUCAGGAUAUUCACAGGGAGUAUGAGGGUAGACUUAAGCUACUGUAUAUAAAUUAAUACAUUCCAAGGCUUGAGAAGGGCUUUUAAAAUGAACAGGGCUGAAUCAAAUGGAAUUUAACUGUGACCCUUCUAUGCAGCAUUUGAUGAGCUUUUAGAAGGGUCUUUGGUGCCAAAGUUAGUAUUGGAGACAACUAACAUAAGCAGGGGGUUGUGGGAGGUGUCUGCUAGUUAGAUCAGCGUGCUGGGACUCAAAAGAUCUGUGUUCUAGUCCCAGCUCUGUCAUUUCUCACUGAAUUAUCCUGGAUGGGAAAGUUCAUUAAUCUGUUUGUUUCCCCAUCUCUAAAAUGGCAAUAACUUCUGGCUCCUAGAGGGAGGUGAAAUUUGCUUCUUAUUUUAAGGUGUGUUGAAGUACUUAGUUUUCACUUCAUUCAACAUCUUUUCUAUCGUAAUUCACUGUGCCUAACAUUGCUAUAGGCACCAGAGUAAAAGAAAACUGCACAUCA